CCUGUCACAUGAUGUGCAGUGUGUGCUAUUGUGUUCCACAAGUUGAACUCGGUUUAUCUCAAGGCCUAUCUGUUGCACCUUGCAUCACGUUUGAGAAUUUUUGCACAUUGCGACAGCAUUGCUCUAACUUUUGAGCGUGCCUGUCCUGUGUCUACAUUGAAAACAAUUAAUAUAAUAACUGUGAAAUAAUACAUUUCAUUUAAAAGGCACCUCUCAAAACACCCAAGGUCACGUUACAGAGCGUAAAAUAACACACAGAACAAGAGAUGUAUGGGCAGACACAUAUUGAUGCUGUGAUAAAAUCAGUAAGACUGUUUAAAAGGUUGGGUUUGUGAUGGGAUUUGAAGGAAUUUAUGCUGUCAGACUGUUGAAUGUAUAGGGGCAGGAAGUUCCAGAGCCUGGGAGCAGUGCAGCUGAAAGCCUAUUUGUGUUAAGUCCUCUAUGUUCCUGAGACAUCAUAGGAGCUAUUCCAGGAGAUCCUUUGUGGAUAACAUGCUCUUCAUUACAAGCUAGGACAAGCUGUCAUUACGUCAUUAAUGAGCUGAAGGCUUUUUGCCUUGAGGGUAAUUUAUUGACAUUUCAAUCAGGAGAGACUCGCUUUUUUGUUUGGUUGGUUUUUUUUAGAUUUUUUGGGGCAUUUUUUAGCCUUUAAUUGACAGGACAGACAAGUGUGAAAGGGAGAGAGAGAGGGACAUGCAGGAAAUGGCCACAGGCUGGAGUCGAACCCCAGCCCCUGCAGCAACAGCCUUGUACAUGGGGCGCCUGCUCUAUCCACUAAUCUACCGACACCCUGAGAGACUCAUUUUUUAUUGUAAAUAGAAUAUUUAUUAGCAUGUGCUCAAAAGAAUGAAACAUGUGAAACCCUGUUCUUUUUUCCUAAACCUAACCACUUGUGUUUGUUGUUGAAGGCAAAAAUACACUAAUGUAGUGUGUUUAUUUUGAAAGAAGACAAUGCAUGUAACAGGCAGAACUUGACACGGUGUGCCAGAACGUCAACAACCAAUGCACCCAGGGUACCUUUCACAUUGUAUGUGGAUGUGGAGAGUCCAUGACCAAACGUGGACAUGUGACGAGGUCAAGGCGACAAAGCGUUGUCUGGGAUGGGUCAUUUUACGCCUGUUAAAUGUAUUGUGUCUUUUUAAAGUACGCUUCCAUCGGACGGUGCCUGUCCACAUAUCAUUCUGCUGUGACAGGUGUCAUGUGGCUGACCGGUGGCUUAUCAUAACACUGUGAAAGGUUCUGGCCAGUCGCAUUAUAUGAAUACAAUUCUGCAAUCAAUGCCGUUCCUUCUGGUUUAAUCCAUCUUAUUAUGUUUUGGUGAAGGAAAAAUCCCAGAGGCUCCAUUUGCAUUGAUUUUGAAUGGUAUCAACAUAUUUGACGUGUAUCUCAUGUGUUGUUGUGUUCUGGUUUAUACCUGACAUUUUUUGUAUGUUGUUUAAACUCCAUGUCGCCAACUCCUUGUGUCAAUGUGAAGAAGACUGAAACUGUUGUAGCUUGUGGUUUGUUUUUGUUUGAAUAUAUUACAGAGAUGCUCACAUUAUGAAAAUUAAAAGAUGCAGAAUGUGUUCUGGAACAGAACGUAGUGUCAUGUUCUGUAGAACCUCUUUGUGGGGCCAGAAGUUGGUAAGUACAAGUGGAAUGUUGCAACAGACAGUUUGACUACAGCAGUCAAACAGUGCAGACGGACAUCACAACUUGACUCGAAUUUCAAGAGAGAUCCACAACACCGCGAAGAUGCUCGGACAACGUAUUUUUGGCCGAAAGAAGAAACAAGGAUCUGUGAAGACUGUGUCUGAUGAGAAGAAACAGCACUCCAGCCAUCAGACAAGUGGCGGUGUCCAGGAUGUACCUGCUGCUCCAGGCUCAGCAAAGCCAGCUUGGGAGGACCGACAGCCAAAGAAGAAGAGCUGGUGGAAUCGCCUCUUUGGUUACCUUGACAAGAAAAGUGUUCCUGGUAGGAGGCCUUCAGCCCCACAGGAAAGACCUACUGUCACCACCUCAGACGCUCAAACUGCGUCACAAAAGCAAGCCGUGAGGAAUUUUUGGCGUUGGCUGUCAAUCAACGGCAGGAGAAAACGCGUCUCACCAGCCAACAUCACCAACGACAAAAAGACGGACUCACCAAACCCUGAGAGGAGCAACCUAACAAAUGUCAUCUGGGACACUGAUAGGUCUCUGGAUAGCCCCAUCAAGUGCUUUGGAUUUCCAAACAUUGGGCAGACCUGCUAUAUGAACGCAAGCCUGCAGAGUCUCCUAACAUUAGAGGACUUCAUUGGGGGCAUCAGUCGCAUGGAGAAGGUCUGGAGCUUAGUACCUGAGGCUCAACUGAUGAGAAGCUUGAUGGAUGUCAGGGGCGUUCAUUCGUCCAUAGACGCACGAGUUAAAAUCCCCCUCCUGAAGUCCUUUAAGGAUGUGGUCUCUGCCCAGGCACCUGAGUUCUGGGACACUCAGCAAAAGGACGCUCAUGAGUUCUUGACUACAGUCCUGGAACAGAUGAGAGGUCUGGCCCCUCUGCUGCAGGAGACAGCAGCUUUCAUGGGCACACAUUAUACCUGCCCUGUAGAGGAUAACCUGGUGAUCACAAUAGAGAACACCAGGACAUGCAAAAGCUGUGGAGCACAGUCAGUGAGACAGGAGGAAUCCACAAACCUGUCUCUAGACCUCAUCCCUGGAGGCUCUGUGGAGGAGAUGCUCCAGGAGUACCUUAAGGAGACGGAGGUGGAGUUCAGGUGUGACUGCGGAGGGAACAAGUCGAGCUGCAGAUCAUCCUUCCUCACUCUGCCACAAGUGCUCAUCCUGCAGCUGAAGAGGUUUCGCUACUCUCCCUUCUUUGAGCUUGAGAAGGUUGAUGACCCUGUCAGGCUGACAAGGGACCUGCCGGUCUCCUCCACACAGGAUGGAGGCUGCUACAGCUUGGUCAGCGCCAUCAGCCAUUUUGGCUCCACAGAAAUGGGACACUACAUCAGCCAAGGCAUCCACCCAGACCACAAUCCGGACAAACCAGAUGAUCAUUGGCUCACCUACAAUGAUUCAAUGGUCUUUAAGACGUCCGGCAAGUUAGUCUGUGAGCAGCGGAAGAGGGGUGCUUACAUCCUGUUCUACAAGAGAAUAGUGUAACCCAACUGACGACGUGAUGUCGGACUAAGAGACCUGGACACAGUCAAGACGUGAUGUCGGACUAAGGGACCUGCCACAGUCAAGACGUGAUGUCGGACUGAGGGAUCUGCCACAGUCAAGACGUGAUGUCGUAGUGAGGGACCUGGAUACAUCACACGGAGACAGGAUGACCAUCAUGGAGCCAGGAGACCCGCCGCGGGACAAGGAAGGUAAGUGAGUUCCUAAUCUUGUCUGUUUUCUUGGUGCAGUUGUUCAACGUGACGGUGGACAACAGAUGACCAAGAAAGACGACUGGAGGAUGAACGAAGAAGAUGUCCCGUGGCCAGGAGCAGCUGAUGGUUCCCUUGCCCUUAGGAGGAUGGGCCCCCCCAGAGAGCCUGGUUCCUCCCAAGGUUUCUUCCUCUUGUGGGGAGUUUUUCCUUGCCACUGUCGCCUCACAGUCACUGGACAGCAGGACAGACCCAACUCAUCUCAUCAGCAUUGACACCACAGUUGUAGAGAUGGUCCUGCAUUGUGCCAGAGUAUGGCUUGCUCUCUGGGGAGAACUACAAAAAGAAAAUCAAAGAAAAUAAAUACUAUUGGACUUUAGGAUUUUGUUGGUUGUAUUUUAAUGUAUUUGUCAGUGGGAGUUUUCAUAGCUCCAAAAUACAGCGCCAAUUCCAAAAAAGUUGGAACACUGUGUAAAAUGUAAAUAAUAACAAUCAAAUCCUUUUUGACUUAUAUUCAAAAUGAAUAAAGUCCAAAGACAAGAUAUUUAAUGUUCAAAAUGAUAAACGUAUUGGUUUUUGUAAAAUACACACUUAUUCUGAUGUUAAUGCCUGCACACGUUCCAAAAAAGUUGGGACAGGAGCAACUAAAGACAGCGGAAGUUGUUGAAUGCUCAAAAAACACCUGUUGGAACAUUCCACAGGUAAUGAGGCUAAUUGGUAAAUGAUAGUACAGACCUGCCAACCUGUACGCAUUUUGCGUAUCAGGCACGCAUUUUGACAUCAAAGUACGCUGGUACGAUUUGAUGCUCUAAAAGUACGCAUAUCACUCGAUCGCGCAUUUCGCCGGUUUCAGUGUAUUUGUCUAUGCAAGAUGUCACUCAAGUUGAUACCCGGUGAAUAUAGGCGCGUAGGCAGAACGAAAAGAUUUUGGCCAAUCAGAUUGCUGCAUA